CGCUCCAUUCCAGUGUUCUGAAGCCCAAAGCGUCCGAUCAAUCAGAGAAAAUCAUCCCUCCAUAUCUCUCCAGCUCUUCUUCCUCCUCCUCCUCCUCGUCAGCUCCCGAGUUCUUCCUGAGCGAAGCAAGCCAAGGCAAGCUAGGUAGCAGAUCCAAGAAGGAGAAGCGAUGUCGGACGUGACGGCGGUGAUGGAUCUGGAGGAGGAGGAGCCGCGGCUGUCGCUCCCGCCGGGCUUCCGCUUCCACCCGACGGACGAGGAGGUGGUCACCCACUACCUCACCCCCAAGGCCGUCAACAACGCCUUCUCCUGCCUCGUGAUCGCCGACGUCGACCUCAACAAGACCGAGCCGUGGGAUCUCCCCGGGAAGGCGAAGAUGGGGGAGAAGGAGUGGUACUUCUUCGUGCACAAGGAUCGCAAGUACCCGACAGGGACGCGCACCAACCGCGCCACGGAGAAGGGGUACUGGAAGGCGACGGGGAAGGACAAGGAGAUCUUCCGCGGCAAGGGCCGGGACGCCGUGCUCGUCGGCAUGAAGAAGACGCUCGUCUUCUACACCGGCCGCGCGCCCCGCGGCGAUAAGACGCCCUACGUCAUGCACGAGUACCGCCUCGAGGGCCAGCUGCCCCACCGCCUCCCCCGCUCCGCCAAGAACGAUUGGGCUGUUUGCCGGGUGUUCGACAAGGACUUGGCGGCGAAGAAUGCGCCGCCCCAGACGGCGCCGGCGGCCGUCGGGGUCAUGGAGGACCCGUACGCCUUCCUCGACGUCGACGACUUCCUCAACAACCCCGACCUGCUCAACAACGCCGACCUGCCGAUGCUCAUGGACUCCCCGUCAGGCGCCGACGACUUCGCCGGCGCCUCGAGCUCCACCUCCAGCGCCGCCGUGCCGUUCGAGCCGGACAUGGAGCAUCUUUCCAUCAAGACGGAGCCGCCGGUGCCGCAGCAGCAGAUGCAGAGCCCCAACUACUUCUACAUGCCGGCGGCGACGCCCAACGGCAACCAUGGCGGCGCCGGGUACUCACCCUACCAGGCCAUGGGGGACCAGCAGACCGCGAUCCGCAGGCACUGCAAGCCGGAGGCGGCGUCUUCGUCGGCGCUGCUGAGCCCUUCGCUGGGCUUCGACGCGGGGGCGCUCGCCGGCGCGGACACCUCGUCGUUCCUGAUGCCGUCGUCGCGGUCGUACCUCGAUCUGGAGGUCAUGGACUACUCCAACAUGUGGAAGAUCUGAUUGAAUCCAUCCAUCUCUCCGAUGGACUGGAGCGUCUCCGUUUGCUGGUAGCUAUAGAUGGUUAAUUUGGUUGGUGCUAGCUCUUGGAUUGAUUAGUUGCUUCAUUAACUUUGAUUAAGGAUUGGGUUAAUUAGGCGCGCGGCGAUGAUUCGAGGGGGAUCGUCGUGUGUUUGUUGUUGACGCGUGCAAGGCAUAAUGAUGGCCUGUGAGCGAGGGAGUGCUGAUUAAUCUUAAUUAGGGUGUGGUAUCAAACUGCUAGGAGGCAUCUGUAGUUUGUACAUAGGUACCGAAUUGCCAUCAUACAGUUCAGUGAUUAGGGGAUGAAUUGGAGGGUGAGAGAUAUACCGAGACCGACUUGAUUGAUGAAUCUGAUUGUGUGUUAAUUGAAAUGAAUUAUUCCCCUUCUAA